AUGCCACCGAAGCAAAUUGCCCGCGGUACAAAAAGAGCUGUUCGAGUCACUAGCGAUGUUGUCAACGUGGCGGGGGACGAAGACGCGCUCGUGCGGAAAGGCGAACAACACGAGGUGGAUGGAGAAGAAGCAACGCAAGCGGGCCGGGGAAGAACGCCAACGUCGUCGCAAGCGCGCUCCUCAAGGGCGGCGGGGUCGGUCACGCCAUCGCCCCGUUUGUCGGGGAUCUCCCCGCUGCAGAAGGAGGGCUCUCGUUCCUCCAGGAAGCGUCCCCGCCGCUCCGGCAGUCGAGACGCGACAGAAGAGGAGGAGGAGCAGGAGGAGGAGGAGGAGGCACAGGGGCCAGAGCCGCGUGAUACCGUGGCCGACAGUCGUCGCAGCGGUGCCAGCAAUAUCAGCAGGCUGAGGCCAAGUGGCAAAUUGCCACAGGAAGGUGAGGGAUUCUUUCACGACCUGAGCGCCAUGGAACCACUGCGUGUACGCCUCGGCGUGUGCCCUUUGCCAGGCAACACAACGACGGCUACGACUUCCUCGCUUGCGUCGUCUCCGGCCACGGAGGGAGAGACCUCCACCACGGCGCUGCUGCUGGAGGCCCGGAAGUUUCUUACUUUGCCAGAAGAAAAGGGUGGGACGGAUGUCGUUGGGUGGGCCGCCGCCUUUUCCUCCGUCGCAGUGGAGUUGCCGGGUGAAGGCGUGUAUAACAACGCCUCUGUCUCUGUGACUGUUAUGUUGGCACCGUAG